AUGCGCGAGCAGCUCCAAUCACUUGAGCGCGCCCUCGCGGCUGCCUCUGCCACAGGCAGCGGCAGCCCCAGCAGCAGCAGCAGCAGCACCACCACCACCAGCGCUGCAGCCGGCCCCAGCAGCAGCAGCAGUCUUGUCACCACUGCCGCCUGCAGCAGCAGCAGCAGAGCCGCCAGCGGCGUCCGGCGGCGGCAGGACGCAGACCAGCUCACAGUCCGGACUGCCGCUGGGGCGCUGGUGGACCUGUUGGUCCCGAACUUGGACUGCGACGCGCUGCAGCCGGCCACCGCGCCGCGGCUCGCGGCUGCCGGCCACGUGUCCGUGUGCACCGGCCGCAAGUGCUGCGCGCAGGGCGCGAACGAGACGCUCGCCGCGGCUCGUGCCGCGGCGGCAGGGUCGGGCGUGGAGGUGGCGCCCUCAAAGUGCAUGGGCAAGUGCGGCCGCGGGCCGUGCGUGCGCGUCCGCGUGGAGGGGCGCGAGGGCUCGGCCCUGACCAAGGGCGUGAGCGCGGCCGCCGCCGAGGUCUUGUUGCGGCAGCAGUUUGGCGUUGAGUGCUGA